GCUAAAGCCACUCUCUUCCAACUUAUUCCCCAGUUCCUUUUCACCCUUUCGUUCUCUCGUUUCUUUUUCUUUCUAUCUUUCAGGAAAAGCAGACAAGCUGGCAUCGUCAUGGUUAGAGCCCCUCGCAAGGCUUUAAAGUUAGGUCGUGCGCUCAAGACCGCUGCUCGUCUGCCAGCAAAGGUCGCUGGCGGCAGCAAUGGACGCAACAACUUUUCACCUUUGCCUGGGGAGCAUCCUAUCGUGAUCCUGAGGGUACAGGUGUUGUCGUGCAAGGAUCUGCUGGCGAAGGAUAGAAAUGGCACCAGCGAUCCGUGCGUCUUGUUUCAUGUACCCCUUACCCCGCAGUGCUCAAGUCGAUGUACAAUGUAGAUUCGUUGUUGUCUCCGUACUUGGACGUCGGUAUACCACUCCAGUUGCAAAGCGCACGCUCAAUCCGAAUUUCAACCCAAAGGAUGCCACCUUUGAAUUCCCCAUCUACCUUUCAUUAGCGGACAAGCUCGGUGUGGUUGAACUGGUGUUGUGGGACAAGGAUAUGAUUAAGAAGGACUACUUGGGCGAGGUCUCGCUACCUCUGGAGGAUUGGUUUAGGGACGACAAUGCAUUGAGCUUCAGUGACGUCAAUAACAAAGCGAUCAGUCUCAAUAUCCUGUCUACGAGGACAUCUACUCAGGCCUCAGGCUCGAUACAAAUCAAGCUUGGCUUCGAGCGACCUCCGGGCGUUGCGAAUCUGAUGGAGUUUUCGGAAGUCUACACUGAGCUCGUGAAGCUCUCCAGACCCAGCCUUGUCUCUGCUCCUCCGACUGAGGGUAUCGGCACCAUCCGCUCCAACGAGUCCGGACCUCGCUUCGAGGAUGAUGGCCUAAGCUCAGACGAAGGCGACACAGACACAGAAGAUGAAGAUGAGGAGGUGGCUACGCCCAGUCGGUCAACUCUAGCACACCUCUACGUCGAACCUCCUGCACCUUCACGGGAAGUCACAAUCACACCAAGUGCCUCCGCACCUACGAUCUCUCGACAGACCCCAGAAAUCCAGCAACCUAAGCCGUUGUCCGCGUCAGAGUCAACGCCACCCAUUACGCCAACUCAGGGUGCCAUUCUCAAGACACCGACUGCAGUUAAGCCACCCUCGCCAGGGUUUAGUAUACCCAGGAUAUUCCCCCGGCGACCGACAAGCACACGUUCGUCGUCGAUUGACUCCACUAUGAUGGCUGCGUCCGUCGGCGGGACAUCCACCCAGCCUACUUCGCUCAUUCCUUCGGUGUCCACGCCAACUCCAAGGCCUCCCGCAACACCCGCCGGUGAGAAGCAGAAGAGGUUUAGGAAGAGCUGGGCCGCAAAACAUCCCUCCGCAGGAUAUCAUUUCAACGCUGCUCAUGAUAUUAUGGGCAUCGUGAUGUUGGAGAUCAAAGGUGCAACUGAUUUACCCAAGUUACGCAACAUGACACGUCUUGGGUGGGACAUGGAUCCGUUUGUAGUCAUCUCGUUCGGCAAGAAGGUAUUCCGUACACGCGUCAUUCGUCACUCGCUUAAUCCGAAUUGGGAUGAGAAGCUGCUCUUUCACGUCCGUCGAUAUGAGGCUGCAUUCAAGAUCCAGUUUACUGUGCUUGACUGGGACAAGUUAUCCUCCAACGAUCACGUUGGUGACUCCAGCUUUGAUAUUGCACAGUUGUACGCCAACGCGCCACAGAAAGACCCGCAAACCGGAUUAUACCCCGAUGAGGAUGAUGCAACGCAGAAUGGAAUGAAAGAAUUCCAGUUGCCGUUGUCCACAGCGAAAGAGAUGCCUUGGGAAACGAAGCAUAACCCUGUUCUCACUGUUCGCGCCAAAUACCAGCCAUAUGACGCCCUUCGUCAACGAUUCUGGCGCCAAGUUCUUCGUCAGUACGAUAGCGACGACAGUGGCACCAUGUCUAGAGUUGAACUUACCUCCAUGCUCGAUUCCCUCGGUUCUACGCUUUCCCAUUCGACUAUUGACGCUUUCUUCCAACGAUUCAACAAGCAACCGCAUCUUGAUACCCUUACUUACAAUGAGGCCAUUCAGUGUUUGGAAACGGAACUGUGCAGACCCGCGAGCGAGAAGAAGCGAAUUAACUAUGACGACGUUUCGGCAGACAGCAGCGUCCCGAUUACCCCAGCUAACGGUGGUGAACCACCACUCGACUUGAACCUCGAUAAGUUGGACUUUAGCGGGCCUAUCAAUAAUCAACCUGCAUCAGAUACCGAGCAUUCCCAACAGUUUGCCCAACCAGUGCCUCAUGCUACUGAGCCUAUCCAGCAGCCACUUCCAGAUACCGCCGCUCCUGCCCUAACCGUCAAGCGAUCCCCACGCGCAGUCCAGUUCGAUCGACAGCUCUCGGGGUCUUCUUCGGAUGCGGAGGAUUCGUCUGGUUCAGGAUCUUCUUCGCCGGAUGAUGCCUUCGAACGUGUGAUCAAUAUCAAGAAUUGCCCCUUGUGCCACCGACCAAGGUUGAACUCGAAAGCGGAGGUAGACAUUGUCACACAUUUGGCUAUCUGUGCGAGCCAGGAUUGGGCAAGAGUGGACAAGAUUGUCGUAGGCAACUUUGUCACGGCAAGUCAGGCGCAGAGGAAAUGGUAUACCAAGGUGAUCUCAAAGGUGUCCAGUGGAGAUUACAAGCUCGGCGCGAACUCGGCGAAUAUUAUUGUUCAGAACAGGAUGACUGGUCAGCUCGAGGAAGAGAAGAUGCAAGUGUAUGUCCGAUUGGGUAUUCGUCUUCUGUAUAAGGGCUGGAAGAGCAGAAUGGAGGGAGCCCGAGCGCGUAGGCUUCUCAAGUCAUUGUCUAUCAAACAAGGCCUUAAAUAUGAUGCUCCUGAGUCUGCUCGUGAUAUUCCCGCCUUCAUAGAAUUCCACAGGUUGAACAUCGAUGAGAUUCUUGAACCCUUGCCUUCCUUCAAAACUUUCAACGAGUUCUUCUACCGGAAACUCAAACCAGAUGCGAGGCCUGUUGACCAACCUGAUAAUCCUUACCGUCUCGUCAGCGGUGCCGACUGUCGUCUCAUGGCAUUCGAGACUGUCAACGAAGCUACAAAACUCUGGAUCAAAGGACGAGAGUUCUCGGUUGCUCGAUUACUAGGUGACGCCUACAAAUCCGAAACUGAACGUUACAAUGGCGGAGCGCUGUGCAUCUUCCGCCUUGCACCUCAAGAUUACCACCGAUUCCAUUCACCCGUGGAUGGUGUCAUCGGACCAAUGAGCUUCAUUCCUGGUGAAUACUAUACGGUGAACCCUCAAGCUAUCCGAACCGCGUUAGACGUCUAUGGCGAGAACGUUCGCAAGAUCGUGCCUAUCGACAGCCCACAGUUCGGCCGCGUUAUGGCCGUGUGUGUUGGUGCCAUGAUGGUUGGAAGUAUCAAAACGACUGUAGAGGAAGGACAACACGUAAAACGAGGAGACGAAUUUGGAUACUUCGCUUUCGGUGGCUCUACGAUCGUCAUUCUUUUCGAAAAGGGCGUCGUCGAAUGGGAUGAAGACCUUAUCGUCAAUGGCCAAGCGUGUCUUGAAACCCUUGUCCGCGUUGGGAUGGGCCUUGGACGCAGUCGGCGCGCACCUCAAGCAUAGUUUUGUUUCACAAUAUAUAGACGGACGGUUUUCAACAAUUUUGGAUUACACAGUUUAGGGCGUUUGGGUUUCAUCACCAAAGACAAAAGUUCGGUCGCAUUUCUCAAUACCACUCUGUACACGUCUUGCAUUUGCUUUGCACCUCGUUUCAUCCUUUGACGCAGCUAUUCAUUCACUGAAGCUAGUACCGAUAUCCACAUAAUCUGUAAUUUAUCGCGUUCUCGACGCUUGUAACAAUAUAAGUAACCGCACAAGUAAGUAUACAGCUACAGCCUGUCUAAGUACCACACCUGCCAGCGUUCCUUGCUUUGCAGCAUCAUAUCCUACCAUAUCUAGCCAUCAUCGUCGCU